UUUCGUGGCAGAAAGUCGCCAUGUUGCGGGUGUGUGAGAAACUCCGUCAUGCGGACGAGAAGGGCAGGAGGUACGGACUAGCCCGGGCGGAGACAGGCUACCUCCGUGCCCUGGUGGACGCCAUGGCCGACACGGACAGGAUGGCGGAAGUGGAGCUGCUCAAAACUCUGGGCGACGUGAACGUGGAGAAGGGAAGACUCGGGAAGGACGUGGGGAAGUUCAACACAGCCUUGGCGCUUUACAUUGCUGCUAUGGUGCGGUGUUACCAUGAAGAACAGGCAGAUGGUAUAGAACACCGCUACCACUACACGGAGAGGCUUUUACAAGGGCUGUCGUCACCGGGUAAGGAACAGCCAACUGAAGACAAGGAGGCGACUACACCUGCAAAGGUAGCGGCAAAGUUUCAAGUCCUGGACAAGAGACGGGCUACCGGAGGUAAGACAGACUCUUUGCUGGUUGGAUACGCACAGAUGAUGGUAGAGGCGAUAGUAAACGACAACAGCAUGUUAGAAACAGAAGCGAUCAAGAGUCUGGGUGACGUGUACCUGAAAAGAGGAACAGAAACUGGAGACACUAGAAACUUGACCAGAGCUACUGCUCUGUACAACAGGGCACUGUCGCGGUGUCACAACGUUUAUGGAACAGUUGUCAUUGUUCACCGCUUACUGCACACCGCAAAAAUCAGACAAGACAUCACCACAACAAGACGCAAGAGGGCAACACAUACGCAAAGACAAGACGUGAGAGGACGGAGGGGCCACUUCUCUCCCAUCUCAGCUGCGCCCUCUAGCGACGGAACCACCAGUCAAGUUGAUGACAUAUCCUACCGCAGGUACAUCCAGACGGCAGACCGUGACUUGGGAAAUGGAGACCUGGACGCAGCAGAGCAGAACCUAGCAGCCGCCCUGAAGCUGGUUCACGAUCGCAGUAAACCCAACAAGGCUAAAGAAGCCGACUGUCUGUGCAGGUUGGGUGACAUCUACGUCGAGCGAGGCAAGCGGACAAGAGAAGUUAGGAAAUUCACACAGGCGGCAGCUCUGUAUAACGCCUCCAUUGCCAGAACAGAUGGAGACAAACAAAACAUGGUAACGAAACUACAAGAAACAGAAAGGCAGUUUCUUAUAAACACCUGUAACCUUGACUGUGAACCGUGUCCGUAUAGCAGCGCGUUAGAUCACAAAAAGGAACUGGACAACUCGCGCGCCCGUACUAAAUCUCAGCUCGAAACAGUUCAUCAGGAACACAACCCUUAUCAGUAUGAUGAAGACGAUUCAGUCGUGAAAGAAGUAGAGGUCAAACGAGCUGAAGCAAUCAAGAACUUGUUCAAGAGCAUCACAGCUGGAAGACGAGAGUUUAUCCAAGUACUGACAGAUGAAUGCAUCGCCAAACUCGGACGUCCUCCCUGUAAGUACGCUUUCAUCGGGUUGGGGUCACAAGCAACAGAACUGGUGACGCCGUACUCCGACCUGGAGUUCGCCAUUCUGAUUGAGGAGGGGAAGGAUGAUGAUGAUACACAGAGCUCCUACCGCAGGUACAUCCUGACGGCAGACCGUGACUUGGGAAAUGGAGACCUGGACGCAGCAGAGCAGAACCUAGCAGCCGCCCUGAAGCUGGUUCACGAUCGCAGUAAACCCAACAAGGCUAAAGAAGCCGACUGUCUGUGCAGGUUGGGUGACGUCUACGUCGAGCGAGGUAAGCGGACAGGAGAAGGUAGGAAAUUCACACAGGCGGCAGCUCUGUAUAACGCCUCCAUAGCCAGAACAGAUGGAGACAAACAAAACAUGAUAAAGAAACUGCAAGAAACAGAAAGGCAGUUUCUUAGAAACACCUGUAACCUUGACUGUGAACCGUGUCCGUAUAGCAGCGCGUUAGAUCACAGAAAGGAACUGGACAACUCGCGCGCCUGUGCAAAAUCUCAGCUCGAAACAAUUCAUCAGGAACACAACCCUUAUCAGUAUGAUGAAGACGAUCCCGUCGUGAGAGAGGUGGAGACCAAACGAGCUGAAGCAAUCAAGAACUUGUUCAAGAGCAUCACAGCUGGAAGACGAGAGUUUAUCCAAGUACUGACAGAUGAAUGCAUCGCCAAACUCGGACCUCCUCCCUGUAAGUACGCUUUCACCGGGUUGGGGUCACAGGCCACAGAACUGGUGACGCCGUACUCCGACCUGGAGUUCGCCAUUCUGAUUGAGGAGGGGAAGGAUGAUGAUGAUGAUACACAGAGGUACUUCCUAAAUCUCACACACUACUUACAUCUAAAAGUCAUCAACCUUGGGGAAACCAUCCUCCCAGCCAUGGCCAUCCCGUCACUCAACGACUUUCUCUCAGAAGACUCAGAGAAAGACUGGUUCUUCGACUCCGUCACACCUCGCGGCUUCGCCUUCGACGGCUUCAUGCCGUGGGCUUCUAAGACUCCGUUUGGAAGAGACGAAACCAAAAGCAAACCUCCCGUUAGUCUUAUCCAGACUCCUGCCAAGUUGGCGGAAUAUCAGCAUCUGCACAUCGCCCUGGCGGAAGGCUAUCACCUGUCAGACAUCCUCAGACGGGUGACCUACUUGACAGGGGAUGAGUUUUUGGUGGAUGAGUAUACGGACAAAGUCAACAAAAGCGUCGACCGUUCUCCAGUUCUUACACGGUUGUCAGCAAUUCUAAUGCUAAAGGAUAAUAUUCAGCAAAUAGUGAAUGCUGAACCAACGGACCAACUUCUGGAUGUCAAGAAAGACAUCUACCGUUUUCCCAGCGUGGCCGUUGAUGUGUUGAGUAUUUGCUGCGGUAUCACGAUCCCCAGUGUGUGGGGAAUGAUAGAAGAGUUACACAAGACACAGCGGAUCAGUGACGAAGAUGCCCACCACUUGACUGUACUGAUCAGCAUCUCAGCGGAGCUACGGUUAAGAACGUACAUUGCCAACGGAGGACAGAAGGACAGACUGUCUCCUCUCACGGAGAUGAAAGUCCAACUGGACAAACAUGACAUAGAUGACACUUUCGUUGAAUCAGUUUUCUACAUACCAGACUCAAAAAUGCUUUUUAGGUACUACUAUACUGCCAUUCCAUUAAAACGAUGCAUUGUGGAUGCAGUUAAAGAGGAAAAUCCAACGACAACGAUAUUCCCAACACGAAUCUUUGACAUCUCAUCUCUAGCAAAGGGUAAAAUAACACUGCAGCUGUUGCAGUUUGAUGCAUCCAGUCGUCACCUGGAGGCAGCUCUGAAAGAUUCGGGUGGUGACGAGGAAAAACAGUUCGAAAUACUUAAUGAAUUAGGCAGUGCCUCUUACUGGCGCGGUGGCUAUAAGACUGCAAAGACUUUUAGGUAUCACGAACAGUCACUGAACAUGAAAAAAGCUAUCUAUGGUGAAACAACGCCACAUCCCGACAUUGCUGGAUCACUAAACAACAUUGGAGCAUGUUGGAGUGACCUUGGCGAUAAGAGGAAAGCUAUCAGUUAUUACGAACAGUCACUGAAGAUGAGGAAAGCUAUCUAUGGUGAAACAACGCCACAUCCCGACAUUGCUUCUUCACUAAACAACAUUGGAGCAUGUUGGAAUGACCUUGGCGAUCAGACUAAAGCCAUCAGUUAUCACGAACAGUCACUGAAGAUGAGGAAAGCUAUCUAUGGUGAAACAACGCCACAUCCCGACAUUGCUUCUUCACUGAACAACAUUGGGAACUGUUGGAGUGAUCUUGGCGGUCAGGGGAAAGCUAUCAGUUAUCACGAAAAGUCACUGGAGAUGAUGAAAGCUAUCUAUGGUGAAAACAGAGUACAUCCUGACAUUGCGUAUUCACUUUGUAACAUUGGAAACUGUUGGGGAAAACUUGGAGACUACAGUAAAGCCAUGAGGUAUUACGAGCUGUCAUUGGACAUGAUGAAAGUUAUCUACAGGGACAACCCGGAACAUCCCCACAUAGCAGCGGUACUGGACAACAUUCGAUUAUGUAAAAAGGCCACCAGUGAUUAG